AUGAGGGCUUCGCCCCAAAGACCCGGGCCUGGUGGGUCAAGAGUUCUCAAGAAGCGGUCUUCGAUUCCACGUCUAGGCGACCGCUUGCCCACUGUCUUCACUCAUGAUGUAUCAUUUGCCAACAGCACUGCACAUAAUGAAGCCAAAAUAUUUGGCACGCUUACGAGUAGUAAUCUCGACCGACUCGCCAAGGUCUCACAUUCUAAUAGCGACUUGGUCUUGGCUGACACACUUUCGAUUCAUUCCGAUGAGGACAUCGUUUUAAUCGGCACUCCUAGCCGGUCGAUGAAGUCCAAUUCCUCUUCACACCACUCUUCUCGAACUAGUACUCCACGGGGCGACGAGACACCACCAACCACACUAACUGGUGAUGAUUCGUAUUGCUCUUCGGAUGAUGAGAUCACGCUUAACCUACCUACUCCAGUUAUUGACCAGACUCUCUUCGGCUCUACCCUAUCUGCCAUUCAUGGACUUGAUGAUAACGAAGUUUUGGACGCGCCCACUUCGAAAAUCCAAGAGCCUUCGCAUUUUACAAUACCAUUUUCAGAACCCGCUGAUGUUCUCUCUCACGUCCCCCAUCGCCCUACCAACAAACUACCAAACCCACUUGAACCGACGCCAUUCCGCACUACCGCGAGUACUGUUUCAAACGGGGGAGUUGUCCCUGACGCUGAAUCACUUCAUGGCAUUGUGAGAGGCUUUCUGGCUGCGGGUCCGAGCGCGAAGAAUAUCUCUCUUCCCAUUAUGGACCCUGGCGCCCCUGUUACGACCAUACCAGUGACACCAGAUAGAGCAAAACCAUUCUGGGAGCCCCAGCGCAUCUUUCAAUUCUACAUCAAAGGCGCAAUCACGCCUGAAAGGGCCAAGGAAACCGCCAAGCGCUAUGGUUAUCCCUACGUCAUCACCGUCAUUGAGAACGUUGAGCACCUGAAGCAGACAAAUCCGUCUCUUCAUAUCUCCGACAUCGUUUCCAAGGCUUCCAGAGAGAGAAGUCACGAAGAUCUCGUCCAACACAAGCUGGUGUCAUCUGUAACACGGCAACAGAAUUGGAGUAAUAUUGAACAGCAGAGGUUUAUGCUCAAGUUGGCUAAGUGUUGCGCUAAAGAUAACACAACUGACACUCCGAAACCUUUGCACAUUUUUGUAGACAUGUCUAACAUCCAUAUUGGGUUUUGCAAUUCUUGGAAAAUCUCCCAGAAUAUCCCAGUUGAUCAGCGUAUCCGUGCCCCAACUUUCAAUUUCAAGGUCUUAGCUUUUAUAAUCGAGCGUAAUCGAGCGGUUAAGAAAAAAUUCCUCGCAAGCUCCGUCGCCAGCCAUGUGAUUAGCCGGGCACAGUGGCCUCAGCAUUUUAUUGAUGCAGAGGGGCAAGGAUAUAAGACAAGUAUACUCAACCGUGUACAAAAGGUCUCGCCCGUCAAGGUUGGGCGAAGACACAAGGCAUCUCAGCAAGUGCCUGGCACUGUUCAUUUCGCCAGUACGGUCACCAGUGGUGAAGAGUCAGGCGAGGAUGUGGCCAGGAUCGGCUAUGAAACCAGAAAUGGUGAACAGGGAGUCGACGAGAUCUUGCAUUUAAACAUGAUGAACAGCAUAAUAGACGAUAUCCACGAACCCGGCAAUAUGGUACUCGCAACAGGAGAUGCUGCACAGGCAGAGUUCUCUGAAGGCUUCCUGAAGUACGCCACUCGUGCCCUUUCUCAAGGCUGGAAUUUGGAGCUGGUUACUUGGAAAAGAACCAUCUCUUCAGCCUGGGUAGAUCCUGCAUUCAUGAACGAGUUCGAAGGGCGCUUCCGUAUUAUUUACCUAGACGACUUUCUCGAGGAGCUUAAUGCGGAUCUCUGUCCUUCAUUGGCGCAGCGUUUGGACCAUGUUGACGUCAUUGAAUCUAUAACUUGA